AUGUUCUCUUUCUUUUUUCUUACAGUAUCAGCUAAACCACCAGCUUCUACUAAUUCCAAACAUCUUGGCAAAUCUAAAACUCCAGAAAUUGCCUCAGUGGAACUGGUUCUGUCAGUCAGAGAGUGGAAUGAAACAGCCAUCACAAGAAAUAGUGAAGAAUCACUGAAAAUUUUGGAUAAAUAUUGUCAGGAUGAACAUGUUGAUCUCAGUGUAAAUGCGGCUGUUUAUACCCUUCAAACGCGAGAUGCUGUAACAACGUCUGCUAGUGAAGAGAAUGGCAGCGAAGUGGAGAAACAGGUGUCAAAGUUAUAUCCUGGGUUGAAAGAAACAAUUGAGAAAUGUUCAUUGAAUAAGGCGACAAAAUCAAUCCAGUUGAAGUUAUCACAUGAGAAGCUUUUAGAAAAGGGUUACCUUAGUUCACGCAAUGUUCUCUUUUGGCGUUUCCUAUUUGGUGUUACUGAAGUACAGUUGGCUGAUGUAAACUCAGAGGUUCUCAUAGCUGAAAUAGAACUUUCAGUCAAACCGUUGGUAAUUGGAGACUACAACAAAUCAGACCGUCGAUUCUUAGCAAUCUUAGACAACCUCUGCAAAGAUGUAAAAGAAGUAGUGAAGAGAACAGAGCCAAGAUUGAGCUCAAUUCCACUGUCAUGUGAUAUACCCCAGUUGGAUCCAAAUCAACUAAAUACUCAUAGUAACAUUAUAGUACUACUGGCAAUGCCACAUAGUGAAAUGCAGCAGGUAUUUCCGUCAGAAGAGUGGUUUGACAGUUUACAAUCAUCCUUUGAAUCUGCAAGUAUAUUAGAAAGUGAUAAAUGGAUAACUGAUAUCAUUUCAUUUGAAGAGCCAUCAAACCUCGUCAAAGGUGAGACACCUGCCAAUACUUCAUCUUUUAAACGCCUAAGUCAUUAUUAUUAUUAA